UUCACACCUGAAUAUUUUUUCCCCCACAAAAAUUCGCGUGAAUCUGAACUCUACUUUAUUCUGAUUUACUCUUGCUUUAACUAUCCCGUCAUUCAUCUUCAAUCGCAAUUUUCAUCGAUCAAUUUUUGUGUACAGUGUUAUAUGCAUUAAAAUUUGCGUACAGAUGCCGGACCAUCGAAAAUUACAGAGCAAUGUUGAAGAUGCUAUGAAGUCAUUGAAGGUAGAAAGCAGAGAGCAUAAAAAUGGUGAUACGGGUCCGGGUUCAUACCCGGGUCGACCUGGUGAACCCGAUUGUAUAUACUAUUUAAGGACAGGGACUUGUGGUUAUGGAACCAAUUGUCGUUUCAAUCAUCCGCCUAAUUCAGGACAAAGUGUUCAAAGCACAGGUGAACUUCCUGAAAGAGUUGGACAACCGGAGUGUGGGUAUUAUCUUAAGACAGGUACUUGCAAGUAUGGAAUGACUUGUAAAUAUCAUCAUCCCAAGGACAGGCGUGGUGACUCAUCAGUUGUAUUCAAUAGUUUGGGGCUACCAAUGCGUCAGGACGCAAAGCCAUGUCCUUAUUAUAUGCAGACUGGAUUAUGUCAAUAUGGGUAUGUGUGCAAGUUCCAUCAUCCUCAACCCAUUUCAGCUGCAAAUGUACCUGUAGCAGGUCAUAUUGUCUAUGGUUUAGGUGGCUCUGUAGUUGUGCCUUCCUCUGGUGCCCCUUCUGUCGGUCAACUUCCAGAAUCAUCAUUAUCGAAGCCAACAUAUGGAUCUAGUUCCCUCCAAUCCCAACGAAGCUUUAUGCCUGUAGUUCUAUCACCAGCGCAAGGAUGGAAUGUGUACAUGGGAGGUAUCAACCCUGUAUAUGUAACUAGUGGGCUUGGUCUGCCAGUUUUUAGUGGGCAGCUAUCAGCAUCUCAUCUGCCAGAGAGACCUGAUCAACCAGAAUGUCGGUUCUUUAUGAACAAUGGGAGCUGUAAAUAUGGAUCAGAUUGCAAAUAUCAUCACCCUAGAGAAAAGAUUUUACAAUCAGCAUCAAAUUUUAUCGGGCCACUUGGGCUCCCUUUAAGACCUGGUCAACCUGUAUGUGAAUAUUACACUCUUUAUGGACUUUGCAAAUAUGGCCCUUCUUGUAAAUUUGACCACCCCAUGGAAGGAUACUCCUCCACUCUACCUUCUCCACCCAUAAUUCAUUCGCCUUGGCUUUCUUAUCAGAAAACACCAUCGCUUGUAGCGUUAUCUGAAACAUCUUCCUCUGAAUCAUCGAAGUUUACAGAUUGGAUCAGGAAAGGUGAUACGAACCACAGAAAUCAGGAUUCAAACACGAGAGAUCUUGGAGAUAUGCCUGGACGGUCUGAUUCUCGACCUCAUUCGUCCAAAGCAUCUUCGGAGAUCACGCACAAUGAAUCUGAUUGAAGAGUUUUUUUCUCUUCUCUAAUUUAUCAUUUUGAAGUCAAAGUUUUGUCAAAAUUGAAGUUAAUGACUGGGUGAUGCCUUUUUGUUUCUCUAGUUUUCAUCCUUUAGAUGAAGUUUCAUGAGAAAAUAUGACUUUUUUGAAUUAUCAAUUUUGUUUUCUAUUGCUCAUAGUCUCUCGAUUACUGUCAAAUAACAACACACUUCUUAUGGGUUGUGUUGUAAGAGACUAAUGUUGGCAUACUGGGAAGUUCCAUUGGGACGAAGAGAUGGAGGAAUGUCGAUCAUGACGACCAUUUAUUAGGUGUUCUUUUUACUUGUCAAAUCCAAUUAUCCAAUGUUGAAUUUAUGAUUUGUAACGCUACUAGAUUCACUAUUCUCAUAAUGAUCUAUAUAUCUAGUAGAAAGGUUGUAGUUGGAUUUUUAUGUCAAGAAGAAUGUAUUUAUAAU